AUGAGUAUCCAACUUGUUCCAAUUUUCAUGUCUGCUUUGGGAUGUAUAUCGUCUUCAAUUGCGGCAUGCAUUGGAUUUUAUAACAUUUACAUUGUCCUAAGUCACGAAUACUUCCGCAAGAAAUACGAAUAUCAGUUGUUUUUCUUCCGAUUCAAUGCUGAUUUUGUAAUGACUGCUUUUUCAUCUAUGUAUUACUUUCUCCUAAUUGUGUCUCUCAUCUGUGGAGCAGAUCAUCUUCUCGCAACUAUUGAAUACUGGCUUGGUCUUAUUGUUUCAAGUUCAGCAACUAUUCGAGUAGUUACAUCAUUUCUUAUAGUUGUGGAAAGAACACUUUCCGUUUAUUUUCCGAUAUAUUUCAAGAACUACAGAAUAUUAAUCCCAAAAAUGCUGCUUCCACUAUUAGCCUCAUCAUUUGCAUUGAUUGAUAAUUUCAUUUUGUAUGUAGUUUGUGAUUAUACUUUUAUUCCAAAUCUGUCUUGUGUAAUCUUCACAUCUCAGAUUAACACUUGUUUCUUGAAAUAUUAUUCAAUGAACAAAACUAUCAUGUACGGGUGUACUGGAGCUGUCUCAAUUGCAUUUUGCAUGAAAUUUUUUAUAUUUGACAUGGUAAAAGUUCGUCACGAAAAGCUCUCGAGAGUUAACAAAUUAGCAUUGAUUGAUACAGUAAUUGUACUUUUGUUUGAUUUUUCAUCAUCUUUCAUUGCAUCCAGAACGAUUUUUAUAUAUGAGGAAAUGGGACCAUACGAUGCUGCUCCAAAAUGUUUGGCAGAGCGAUUGAAUCAAUUGUAG